AUGUCGCUGGCCCGUUUUGAAGCUUUUGCUUCUGCCGCCAACGUCUUCCAGCGGUACACAUCGGCAUUUAGAGCUCAAUAUUGUGCUUAUGCGACUAGUUUGUGGAAGGAUGGCGGAUGCCGUUACAGCAGAGUGUUGACGGAUAGGAGUUGCAGGAGCACUCCAACGUGCUUUACCUGGCGCAGAUGGGCGGCAUCAGCUGCGGCAUCGCGCUGUAUCGUGGACGAAACGGCAGUAGACCAGGGGUUCCAAAGAGGAAAUGCCGUACCGCAUGGCCAGCCGAAAAUAGGCGAGGUACAGGCGCACAUUGUAGCCGAUUCGCUGCACCUAGAGCCGCUUAAGAAUGACUUGAAGUCAAUGGGAGCGAAAAUUUCUAUGCGUGACGGACUCACGCUAGUGGAAGAAUGCAGUGAACUCGGCCACAAGGAGGGGCUAGUAUUCAUACACAAAAAUGGUUCUAUCGUACUCUGGGAUGCGGCAACGGCCGCAUUCGCGGGCUACAGGAAGGUCAUGGAGCAACAUGUCAUGAUACCACUGAAACUCCCGAAGACAGUUAUCGAAGAGUUCAGCGAAACCAUCGAUCUGGUCGAUGGCGACCGCAGUCGCAUUGUCAAGGGGGUCCUUCACCUCGGCAAGGACCACACCAUCGCAGAUAAGGUUGCAGUAUCUCUAGCUAUGAUGUCCGCGGUACAGCUCAACAAUGUCGAGCUCGCCAUCCGUCAGAAGAUCGUCGUCAGCAACGCCGAGCUCGACCGGUUGCGCCAAAGCAUGUCGAGGCGCAACCUGGACAAGCUGGCGGAACGCCUCUUCGAGUACCAAACCUACGCGCACCACACUAGGUACUGGCUUAAUCUAGAGCACGACCUCCUCGAAAUCCCGGACUCGCUGUGGGAGGACGACCACCUGAGGGCGCUCUUCCGGUCAACUCAGGCGGUGUUCGACAUGCCUCCUAGGCUCGAAAAACUUAACCAUCGCAUUUCGUGGCAGCUGGAGUCCCUACAGUCGCACUCUGAAUUCGUGCGGCACAAACACUCCUCCCGGUUGGAGAAGAUUAUAAUCCUGGUCAUCACCUUCGAGCUUGCGCUGGGACUCACGCAGGCUCUCUACAAGCUCGUGUGA